UCCUCGUGAAGUGAAGUUGGUUCACGGAACAAAAAUUGGGUUAAGAAAAAUCAUUUCAAAAUCUUGAGAAUAUUAAAUUCCAUAAAAAACAAAAAUGCUAACAAAUAUGGAAAGUGCAAACAGUGCCAUAUCCGGUAUCGGCAAAGUGCUUACCACCCCCUUUUCGAUCAAUGACAUUUUGACGCGAAAUCACGCCAAUGAAAGACGUCUCUCACGCACCGAUUCGGAAUUGGAAUUGUCCGCCGUGAAUAUGCGAAGUGAAGAGCCGCGGUACAAAUGCAAUCUUACCGUGUCCGACAGUGUUUCGAAUUCCAGUCCCUCGGAAAUAAAAAUGGAGCCAUCAAUGAAAUCCGCUGGAUACAGAUCACAUUUCUAUGCAACGUCGGCGGGUAAUUUGGAUAACAAUAACCAUUCGGAUUAUAUGUCACACAAGUUGGGUUACUUUGGUGCUGCGGCGGCUGCCUUGGCCGCUGGCCGUCCUGAAUGUCCCCUGGAUAUGAGACGCUGUGCCAGCAAUGAUUCCGAUUGUGAUUCUCCACCCCCAUCGUCGGGUAAUGCCAGCGGCCAUUAUACUUCGCCAGGAAAUGAUGGCUCCUUGUCUCCUCUGCAAGAUGACAUGCAAUCGGGCAGCAUGGCCCGCAAGAAGCGUUCCCGGGCUGCCUUCAGUCAUGCCCAGGUUUUUGAGUUGGAACGUCGUUUUGCCCAACAACGCUAUCUGAGUGGUCCGGAACGCUCCGAAUUGGCGAAAACUUUGCGCUUGACUGAGACCCAAGUUAAAAUCUGGUUCCAAAAUCGCCGUUACAAGACCAAACGCAAGCAAAUCCAACAACACGAAGCUGCUCUCAUGAAUGUUGCCGCCAGCAAACGUGUUCCCGUUCAGGUUUUGGUGCGUGAAGAUGGCACCACCACAUAUGCCCAUAUGUUUCCUCAUGCCGCUGCUGCCGCCGCUUAUCCACAUGGUUUGGAUCCCACACUCCUGAAUAUCUAUCGCCAUCAACUGCAAAUGGCCUACGGAGUGGGAGUACCGCAAAUGCCAUUCCCCUACUUUCCCUAUCCACAUGCUGGACCAAAUGGAAAAAUUCCUCAGCCCAUUCCUCCACCAGCCGGCGGUCAUGGUGUCCAGCCACAACCCUUGAAUAACGCAACCAGCCAUUAUCUGAAUCAUUCAUCAGCCUCGUCAUCGCCCACCCAUCUGAAUCACUGCACACCGAGUUCCAGUCCCAAUGGCAACAACAACCACAACCACUCUGCCAACAAUACAUCCUCUGUCAAAUAUGAGCUGUCCUCCAUGGACCAGGAUAGUGAAACUCAAUCGGGGUCUGAAGAUUGUGAGGAAAAUGUUGAAAUUGAUUAGAUAGCCAACUUUGGCAAGGACAGAGGGGUUUGCCAUGUAGCGGAGUGGCAACAUAUUUUGCAUGUGAUAGAAAAAAGUUUUAAUUUUUUUGUUUUUGUAAAUUAUUUUUUAUUAAUUUUUUUAGUUAGUUAAAAUUAGUGAAAUUGUUUUAAAUGAUACGUUUCCAAGAUUUACAGCUAUGUAAUUAACACCAAAGAUUAGUUCCGUAAGUUACCGUUAAGUAUUCCAAUAUUGGCCUUAAGGGGCCAGUAAAGAUACAGUAUUAGCAUAUUUUAUUGUUGUAGGAUAGAUUUUAAGACGGAAAUAUGCCAAAAAUUAUAUUUGAAAUUAAAAAAAAUAAUAAAUAAAAAUUGAUAUAUAAAAGUAAAUAAA